GGGUUGUUACAUAAUAAAGGAGAUUGUUUAGUUGGUUUUGUUACGUCACGAACGCUUUAAUAAGCUUAAUUAUUAACUUUGAUCGAAGCGAUCGCGAUGCUGCAUUGUGAUGUCAUUCACAAGAACAAUGGGGGAAAGGUAUGAAUGUCGAUUGUCCCGGGAGGAUUUAAAGAAAGCUCAAGCCGAAUUGAAUGAACCAAUUAGCGACCAGGAGAGGAUCGCGGCCAUUGACGUGCUUCGGGAAAGUUUCCAAACCAAACACCCGGAAGUCACGUUGGCGAACGAUAGUGACGUCUUCAUGUUAAGGUUUCUUAGAUCAAAGAAAUUUAAUCAAGAAAAAGCUUUAACGAAGUUGUAUAAAUAUCAAAAUAACUACUCAACAUGGGGUGAGGUUUUCGAUAAGGUUCGAAACCCGGUGUUGUUGAAACCCCUCAUAGAAGCUGGGGUGGUUGUUCCAUUGAAAGGAAGAGCCAAAGAUGGGUCAGUCGUUGUGGUUGGUCGACCCGGUAUUGUACAACAUACAUGGAUCGAUAUGAUGGCAAUGAUCAUAUUAACAGCUGAAACUCUACUGCAAGAUGAACACACACAGAUAUAUGGAAUGACUGUGGUAAUAGAUCAAGCCUACUUCACCAUGGAGUUGGCGAAACAAUACACUCCGGCAAUUUCAAGAAGGUUCGGAGGUUUUAUGCAAGACUCACUGCCUGCUAGAGUAAAGUCCAUGAACCUCACAAACCAGGGAAAGAUUUGGGACAUUGUGUGGGCAAUUGCGCAACCUUUCCUCAAGGAUAAAAUGAAAAAAAGAUUUCGAAUCCAUGGAACUGAGUUUUCUACACUUUAUGACGUCAUAGAUAGAUCGAUUCUCCCGCCGAUGUUCGCGGGUAACGGACCGCCACUCGAUCCGGAAGAAUGGAAAAGUCACGUGAUUAGCGAGGACACAGCUCUUUAAAUUCCUAAACACAUAAAAAUUACCAAAAAUAUCUAAUUUUUGUUGAUUUAAUAAAUACCGAAACAAGAUUUCUA